CGAUACUUUACACCGUAAAAUUGGACUGUAAGACCGAUUAGUGUGGUUAAAUGAUAUGAUUAUGAUGAGCCUCACUUCUUAAAGAAAGUUAUUAGUUCAGUAAACUUAUGUGCUACAAGUUUUAUCAAGAUAUGUUUUUCCAGAUCUGGGUGUUCAUUUUUCUAUGGCUUGCAGAGGAAGUACACAGUUCUCUCCAAUUGAACAAGAAGAAGGGGGACAUACAGCUUCCGAUUGAGUGUUCAUUGAACAGCGAUAUAUCUUUUAAAUUUACUAAUAAAAAAUUCAACAGAACACAAACCAUUGCAGCAUGCAGCACAAAUAUCAAUAGCUGUUAUUUAAGUGAUAAAAUCCUGGCUCGAAGUUACGCAAUAGCGAAAUCUGACGUCGGUGGAAUACUUUUCAUAAUUGGCGUAGGUGAGGAUACGUUUGGGACGUAUACAUGCUAUGAGACGUACAAUCAUACGAAUUCUGCUGCUGUUGAUAUUAGUGGCAACGAUCUUCAAACUUUUUGUUCGACGGGAAAAGUCAUCACAGAAAAUACUCUCAACUUCAUCGGAGUUGUGCUUGAUGGAGUCCAGACAGUUUUGUUGUGUCUUGGAUUCGUCUUUAUUCUUUGCAUAACGUGCAAAGUGACCUGUUGUAAAAAGAGAAAACUGCUAUGUGAAUGUCGGAAAUGUUGGCGUGAAAAAGGAGGUAAUUCUGACAAGAAAAGGACAGUUUAUACGAACACUGAAUCUGAACGUGAACUAAUGAAACCUGCCGAAGAUAUGGAAAUAAAUGAUAUUGUACGGAAGUACAAAGGGCAGACACCCCAUCACACUCCGUCUGCGUACGAUGCUAUUGCUACUUCAGCAUAUAACCCGUUGCGUAGUCAGAGUCAUCGAUACUCGUUUACCUAGCAGUUAUGCCGAAAUACAAUUAUCUAUCGAAGUUAACUAAGACAUAUUUCACGAAGUGAUAAAAGUUACAGAUGGCGAAAUAAUUUUGUUUCAUCUUUCUGGAUUGUACCUUUGUUUUAGCUUAUUAACAGACAAUCUCUAUCUAGUUCAGUUAUCCUUUUUCAAACUGUAAUUCAUGUAAAUUUCGAGCUCAGAUUUUAUAUUUAGACCCCUUAUUUUUUAGUACAAGGCGUUACUGCUGUUCUGAAGAUAUAAUGAAUAUACUAUGCUUGGUCAAUGUCUCAUUAUAAGACAUGGUUUUAAAUAAAAUUCUACCAGAUGAUUAUAGGAAAUACUUUCCUGAUAUUGGGUAUUGAGUUUAAUUUGUACCCCAUAUUAAUAUAAAUAACUUAUGCAUUACAAACCUGUAAAUGAACUAUGUGAUCAAAAAGAAUUUCAAGUUGUAAUGUUCUUUAUGCAACAUAGAUAUCCACAUCGAAACGCGGAUUAAAAUGGUAUAUAUACUAGUAAUAAAAGAACGCACUUAUAUGAUAUAAAAUGAGUAUUGUAAGGUAUUGCGUUUAACACAUUCUUAGUUUUAAAUUUUAAUGUUUGCUCGUGACUCCUUUCUGUAUUGAUAUUGAGUUGUCUACUUUUUACAAAUCACGAUAAAGCUGUUGCUUUGCUCAAAGUAUCGUUAACGUUCUUAUUUCACUAUUUAGUUCCAUACCAGCUUGGGAAGUGUAUUGUUCAGACAUGGUUUGCUUAAACGACUGUGACAACACCUCUAUUAUAAAGUGGUAACAACAUAUUUUAUAAUUGGAAGCUCUAGUCCUUACAAAGCAUAUCCCCACAUUGAAAUUAAUGCGCCCUGCUUAUAAAUUGUAAAACAAGGUGACAUUCAUUUGAUCAACAUUUGAAAAAAUAGACGAUGUAAUAUAAGUUGGAACUUGCAUAGAAUUUGACUGAACUUCAAUUCCUUAUGAGUAGGUUAUUACACCCCCGAAGGGUUCUUACAGUCGUGUUGCAACCUUUUAUAACACGCCUUAACGCUAUUCAUUUAUGAUUCCACAAUCAAGGAAUGUGAUCACCGUAUAUUCUAACAUAUUGCACAAUCGACCAAGCAACAUGUAAUCCGCAUUUACCAACAACGAUGACCAAUCAUAUCUAUCAAUGGAAGUAUCAAUCAGAUUAUUUCAAUUAGUAUGCCAUGUAAUUCUGAAAAAAAUGUUUAAUGUUUUUGACCCAGCUUAGUGGUGCUUUUUUCACAUUUGAGAGUACCGGUAAGCUCAAUAGAGUUUGAUUUAUUUGUAGAAUUGCGUUUAAAUCUCACUUGGACCGUGUUUUUUUUUAAAUUUGAUUUCUAUUCAUGUUUAACAAAUAUCAAGUAUGCUGUAAAAUCGAUUAAAUAUAUGCGAAAUAUGUGAAUAUUGUGAUUUACAAAAUAGGUCUGUAUUUAGAGAUACAAAAGCCGAAAUGUCAUUUUAAAUGCAUACUUGUAUCGAUGCAUUUCUUGUUAAUUUCCGAUCGUUUAAAAGUUUCAAAAUUGUUAAUCACACAUAUAUAUGUAUUUAUAUAGUUCUUUAAGUACCCGGUACGCUACUUUGUUGUUGUUGUGCUGUUUUCAAUCAAUGUAGACAGUGUUUCCAUGAAGGGACAAUAUGGUGAAAUGAAAAAAUGCAGAUAUA